AAGAGGAAUGUGGUGAACUUGGGGUCAGCGACGUAAACAAACUUGUGUCUGACCACUAGUCUGAUGUUAAAAUGUCUGGAAGCGCUGAAAGCCUGCAGCAACUAAAGGAGGGGGCGAAACGCAGCAUUGACCUGGCCCACGACAAACUCCACGCUUUGAGUCGAGAUAUCUGGAGCUGUCCGGAGCUAGCUUACCAAGAGACCCGCGCCCAUGACAGGCUGGUGUGCUUCUUCACUCAGGAGGGGGGCUGGGAGGUGGAACCACACUACAAACUAGACACGGCAUUUAGAGCCUCCUGGGGCCCUGACAGCAGCCAAAAGGGCCCCGUGGUGCGAGUGGGUUUCCUCUGCGAGUACGACGCGCUGCCAGGGAUAGGACACGCGUGUGGACACAAUCUGAUUGCGGAGGUUGGCGUUGCGGCCGCAGUGGGACUGAGAGGGGCGCUGCAGGAUAAAGCUCUGCUCCCCGUGCAGGUGGUGGUGUUGGGGACCCCUGCUGAGGAAGAUGGGGGUGGAAAGAUUGACCUGCUGCAGCAGGGAGCUUUUGAAGGUCUCCAUGUGGUGUUUAUGGCCCAUCCAUCCAAGGAGGAUGCACUGUAUCUGCCGUGUGUGGCAGAGCACGAUGUGACUGUCAGGUACCAUGGAAAGGCCUCUCACGCCUCAUCUUACCCCUGGGAGGGAGUCAAUGCUUUGGAUGCCGCUGUUCUGUGUUACAACAACGUGUCAGUGCUCCGACAGCAAAUGAAGCCCUCCUGGAGAGUCCAUGGGAUCAUCAAACAUGGUGGACUGAAGCCAAACAUCAUCCCUGCAUACACUGAGCUGGAGUACUACUUGAGGACUCCAUCCAGAGCUGAGCUGCCCCUGCUCAAGCAGAAAGCUGAAGGCUGUUUCAGGGCUGCAGCUGUGGCCACCGGCUGUCAGGUCCAAGUUGAGUUUGCAAAAAAUAGGUUUGACAACAUGCUGCGAAUCCCCACACUGGAGCAGCUGUUCCAGGCAAAUGGGACCGCCCUGGGCAUGAACUUUACUGUGGAUGAAGAGGUCCUUGCAAAUGAGUCUGGUUCCACAGACUUUGGAAAUGUGACUUUUGAGGUCCCUGGGAUACAUCCAUACUUCUACAUUGGAUCAGAUGCUCUAAACCACACCGAGGAAUACACGGUGGCUGCAGGGGAUGAGAAGGCCCAAUUCUACACCCUCAGGAUUGCCAAAGCCCUUGCCCUGACUGCCCUGGACCUACUGAUGAACCCGGAGCAACUGACAUGCGUCCAAAUGGAGUUCACACAGGCUAAAAACAAGGAAACUGAGAAGGAGCGCUCAAUGCUGGCUGCUUUUACACCUGCGGCCGGUGUGGAAUCCUCUUGAGGGAUACAAGAACUGUGUAAAGCACAAUCUGAGCAUUCCAUCAGAACAGUUUGCAUCGCAUUGCACUCCAAAUGGUGGUUGAAGCAGGACACCACAAAAAAUUUAAAUCAUGGCUUUUUUCAGUUGACCUAUCUAUUCAUCCAUCUUAUGGCUGAGUUCAUUGUGCUUUCUCAGGAGUCUUUAGUACACCUUCCAUUUCUGUCUAUUAUAAUAUUAAAUAAAAUAUUUUAUUUUAAUCCUUGUUCUUUGUUAAUGCAGAGAUUAAGAUUGCUAUUUUGGUCGAGAUUCGGAAACAAGUUUUCUAAGAAUCAGGGUCAGAGCAGAGGGAUUUGAAUAAAACAUUAAGCUCACUUGUCCCUUGUUUUUCCAUGGUUCUGUUCAGGAUGUGGCAGAUUUUGAAGAGGCUAAUCCUAUUUUAUUUACAAGGUUUUGUUCGCAGUGACAUGUUGCCCCUCUGAGUUUUUGCCUGUAUACUACUACGUUCCAAAUUUGGCGUAAGCCACAGCAGAUGUCACAGGGACAUUACAUAAGAAUAUAUGAGCGGAAGUAUCAUCAUCCCCUGACUGCUGUAAAUAUGA